UCCAAAUACCUUAUAUUUCCCGCCAUUUUGUCCUGAUUCUUUGUGUCCCGUUUAUGGUUGUGUGAGAAUAAACUGCCACCAUUUUAAGCAAAAGCUGGAAUGAUGGAUGCCGGAGUGCUUGAAGAUGAGGUCGUAUCAAUGGUGGACGUUUUACACGAAGAUAACGAGCUCGAAGAGGAAGCGAGAGCCGUGCUUGGAGACAGCGACGACCAACACUGUACAUUUCCUGCUGUAAGACCCUCAUAUUUUUUGUAUGAUAACCUGACUGACUUGAGUUGUGAUAAACUUUGCUGAAAUAUGCAGUUAUGACCAUAAAAGUUAAUAAUGCCACCGUAACUAAUUUGUGGUGCUAUCAUCAGGAGGUAGUAAUAAAAGGUGUUUAAAACUCUAGUCUCGGUCAUGGGAAAAAUGAAAUAAACCUUUCCCGCAUUCCUGUGUACAAAGGCACUAACUCGAGGUUCGGAUGGACCAAGUACAGUGAUUUGUACAAAAUUGUCCAGCUGAGCCUCGUCCUCAUUUCUUUAUGUUUUCUCACGGGAGUAUAAUGUAUCGGUCAAAUCGAAGCUUCAACAUCCCCGGGCAUACCCCGGGCAUUUGACACCUUUGCCGUCCCGGGGAGGAGGGAAUUUGAUUAUCAGAGUCUUCCAGGGGGUGGGGAAUUUGAACUGCACCCUCGAUUUCAUGUGAAAUCUCUGGCGUGGCGAACUAUCAUGGGGGACACGGUGUUAGAGGAUUUUCGUGGAAAAGACUGUGCCUUUGUGGGCAAUUGGUUACGAGGAAAGGGCUUAAACAAGCUUUGUGCCUUAUUUGAAGGUAUUUAAAUUUUAAGAUUUUUAAUAUUGGAUUCAGGCUUUGAAUAUAUGAAUGUAUAAGUUGUGUUUACAAUGAAAUACAAUACCUAUACCGGCGAUCCAAUAAUCCACAACAAUAAAAAGGUCACCACAGGUCAAUUACUUUCACCUGCCGCAUGUAUGUUAAUCAAUAGGGUGAGCAAUGAUGCAUGUCAGAACGCUUUGUAUGUUGCAUGACACACGAAGAAAAGCUGAGCAUUCAGUGACCUUGUAGCAGUGAUUUCUGCCGCUUUGCACAAGACUUUUGUUCGUAGUAAAUACGCUGACAGUGCUUCUCAGUUUUUGUUAUAUUGAAUCCGAAUUAUUUUCCUGUAUUUAUAAAGAUUUUGUUCGACAAUUGAAGGCGUUUCUGCCGUCCUUUUGUCAUUUACGUGCCUGUGAAAUGAAUCACCUGAAUGGAUCCUUAUGUGGGGCAUUUGAACGGCAUUUUGGCUCAGGUAGGGGGGAAUUUUAACAAUAAUUUUCGAAAAAGUCAAAGACCCGAUUCGAUUUGACCGAUACAUAAUGCGGGAAAGGUCUAUUGGCUAAAAUUAUUACCAAUUUUAAAAUUAAAGUGAUAAGUGAAAAGUGUAUGAAUUCUGUAGAGAAUUCCAAGUCACUGCAGAGUACAUAUUGGGUUCCUGGUUUGGGGAUUGAUCACUGGUUGAUGGGUGGAGGGAAGGAUUAUUCCCUGUACAUACAUGCAUACAUACAUACAUACAUUUAUUGUUGCUCUCUAAAACGGCUUUUCACCAUCAAUAUUAGUAAAAAAGAAUACUAAUCUUCAACUUACAUAAAUAUAACGAAAGUAUAAUAAUUAAUAUAUUAACAUGAUUUGCUUAAAUAUUCUCCAAAAAUACACCCUUUAAAAGUGUCUAAGCUAGUUAACGUCCUCAGGUGCUUGCUUAAUCCACCCCAAAUUUUAACCCCUCUAUGGGCAAAACAACGCUGACCAGUUUCCAAGUGACAACAGGGAAUAUUAAGGUUGUUUACAGAUCAUGUUACCCUAGUACUUACUAAUGAUGUCAUUUGAGACUAGUCACAUAAAUAUUUAGGAACAAGGUUGUUAAUACCCUAUAUCCUGGUGAUUUGCUGUACGGGUAUGUGCUGCCCCAAAGCAGGGCUGUUAUUAUCAAGCAUGGUUUGGGGCUUUCCUCUGGCUUCUGUGAAUGUGACCCCCUGCUACUGUCAAAGGGAAAUAGCGAAAAUGUCUUGAAUAACCUUCGAACAUGUGAGGAAAGAUCACACAUUUGUGUAUCCUUUGCCAACCUAUACCUGUAGCUAGAUAAAGUGCGUGUCCGUUGUUGAUUUGAAUAGUCUUCGGCCACAUUGUUGGUUUGUUUCGUAAUUGCAGGGUUAUGUGAAUCGACAAGCCCUGUAUGCAUGUGGUUCCUGUUCACCGUCAGAUGCAGAACCUGCAGGAAUCUGUUUAGCUUGUACGUUGACCUGUCAUGAAGGACACACCCUUUACGAGCUUUACACUAAGAGGUACUAAUGCAGAAGUUACCGGUAAAUGCUUAAACCUUCCUCUUCACACAGGGUUCUCAAUAGAUUUUUAAAUAGGAGGUGAUCACUGAUAAAGUAAGAGGCUCUUCAGCAAAGCCAGAGGUGUCAAAACAAAGCAAAGAAAAGCGACUUAAACACAAAGUAAGCGGCUAUAAAUCCCAAAGUAAGCGGCGAUCAAUCGCCGGGUGCCGCCUUCUAUUGAGAACCCUGUUCACAUUGUUUUAGGACUGUGCAAUAUUUGCUUACUUAGAGGGUAGGGAAAAGAGAAGUGGCUAGGUAAGGGGAAGAUGAUGUCACAAACCACAUUGGUAAUUUACUGUGUGGAUUGAGUAUCAUUUUCUAAACUGACAUUUUACCAGGACACACCCACUAGAAAAGGGCAUCUGCUCUACCUCAUACAACUAGUAAUAGUUGACACUACAGCUGCCCCUGCUCUGUAUAUUGUUGGUCAGUAGUAUUUGUGGUCAUUGUGUAGCUCUUCGUAAUAUGCAGAUUCAUAUGUGAAGAUUUUCACACAUGUUCCAUACAACAGGUGAGAUAAAAACAGGAAACGCAAGGUUUCAUGCGCUGAUUCAGUUCAAUUUACACAGCUUUGAUCAAAACAUCCUCAGUUUCAAGAACAGCUUAUUCUAAACCACAAGAGAAGAUUUAAUUAGAAGGUGGAAUUUUUUUGCUAUUUCUCUUUCACUUUUUACAUACACUAGUUCAUUUUAUUUGGCAGAAACUAAGCCCUAGAAAUUCAAAAGUUUGAUCAAUUCAUGCUUGCGCAUUAUAGUCUUUUAGAAGGACAUCUGUGUGCAGGGAAUAAUUCAGCACAGAAUUUAAUUGUCGGCAAAUUUCUGCAAAUGUCCAUCGUUAUUGGUAGUGAUAAGCUAGCCGCUGAUUCGCUGGUCUUGCUUGUUUGUUGACUGAGUGUUAUUCCCCCAAAGAGAGGGAAAGAGUGCCUGGCAAAUUGUUUCCAAUCAAAGAUUUGUGAACUUAUGUCUGGCAAACUCUUCAAGUGUUUAUUUACACAGGUAUAUGCACCUUAUAACUUCAUCUGGACUUAACGAGUGUCUUUUGAUCUGUAACUUUCAAAACAGCUGCCCCAUGGAAUGUCACUGAUAAGAUGUAAUGCAAGAGAGUAUCAAAGUAUGACUGUACAAUAAAUGUCACAAAAUCUACAUAAGUAAUACCUUCAGGAUUUUCUAUUUUAUGUCAUCCUAACCAUCUCUUACUUGUGGGCACAAACAAUAGAAACAUCAUCAUUACCCAACAAUUCCAUGCGGCCCCUGUUCAAGCAAAUCAAGAUUUUUUCUGGUAUAUUGACCGUAUAAUUAUUUCAACUGUAAGUAUUUACUAGAGUGCUUCCUUGGGAUUUCGCUUUCUGGGCUAAAUCUCUGCUGGGGCAAUAAAUAGAGGCACCUUUUGAGGAAAUUCUUGGUAAAAAGAGGACAAAGGCGUUGCUUCCCAUAUUUUUUUUUCAUGUCUUUUUUUCAGAAAUUUUCGCUGUGAUUGUGGAAACAAGAAAUUUCCAGAAUUCAAGUGCAAGUUAUAUUCUGUAGGUUGCCUUUUGUCAAACAUCAGGAUAGCUUUCUAGUAACACUUGAUAGUAGUGUGGUGUUAUUUUUAUAUCACAGUAGUUUAGAAAGUAAUUGUUUUCAUGCAUUAGCUAUACUUUGACACUGAUUUAUAAUGUAUUAGGUAAGAAAGUGAUGACAACUGACAUGUGCAGCGUGCAAAGAAAGUCGUGUCUGAUAGCCUGGGGCUAGUGGAUUUUGCUAUCGGGCUAGUGUUUUUGUUCUUAACUUGCCUGACGGGCAAGUGCUGUUGUUUGAGGAAAUUCAAAUUACGGAAGGAUUGUUAUCAAUCCUGCUAAUCAAAAAGGGUUUUGGGGCUAGUUGAAAUGACUUGUGGGCUAGUACAUGCUAUCUACAGCUUGCCCGAAUGGCAUGCUGUAAAACUGACUUUCUUUGCACCCUGAUGUGCAAAUGAAUGAACUUAAGAAUUAUUUAUGUCAUUUAAGUCAAAAGACCCAGAGAACACCCAGAACAAAUACAAUCAGAAUUUCCGAGGAGUUUAUUGCACUUGCCACAGACCAUAUCCUGAUCUGGAAGAUGAGGUACUGUCAAGAUUGUUGGUCAUGUACAUGAGUUUCAUGAGUAUAACGUAGUUAUUCAUUUAGCUACAUUUUUGUUUAAUUUUCCCAAGUAAGUGUUUUGAUUAAAGCUUAAUUGUAUCAUCCCUGGUAAGAAGUUGUUUAAAAUAUUACAGCAAAGCCUGUUUCUGCUAGUAUUGGUUGACCAUUCAACAGGAAAUUCAAUGCUUGAACAGAAGAAUUGUUGUUUAAGCUAUGUUGAUACUGUGGUUACUCUGAAACUCACAAAACCAUGGAAACCCGAAGUAAUAAUUAUUGUUUGGAUUGUUAUUGGGGUGCAAGGAAAAACCGAUUAGGUAUGUGAAUACUAAACUGUAAUCACCAAUGAUAACUAGUUUUGGCUGAAUGUGGCUUGCUGGCAUGUCCUGAUCAUUUUUAAGAUUGCUCCCAAUACAAUAAACAUCCCUGAAUUAUUUCAGGUGUUCAUGGUUUUCUGACAGUAGUAGCGCUGUUUCAUACCUAAAGCCGGAAAUCCUUUGGGUGAUUGAAGGAAUGCCUGAAACAAAAACCCUAAGUUACUUCCAUUACAGUACUUGAUUCUCAGUUCUUCUUCAAUUCAUUAUGUAUAUGUGCUUGUGUAUCAAAGGAAGAAUUUGAUUCUAGAUCAGGAGACACAGGGGCUAUUAUUAUCAUUCACAUCCUUCAGUUGUAUUUAAAAGACAUUAUUAUUCGUUGCAAAUAUUUCCUUCUUUUCAUUGGCUGAGAGCUCACAAGACCAGGCCUUAAGUGCCUUCAAAUAAUGGUCUGCUGAUGUGCACUAUCAUCCAACUUUGUUUGACUACAAAUAAUAUUCUGCUCAAGCGUAAAUGAUACCACGCUUUUCUCCUUGUUGAAAUCACUCUUAGUGAAAAUAACAGAUUGCUUCUCUUCCUGAAGAUAUUCGCCAUUGACAAAUCACGAUAUUUUGCGAUAACCGAGUCCAAUAAUAAUUGUUAAAUAUUUGUGGUAGAUAUUUAAUUAAGUUCGUGUUUGUGUAUGAUUUUCUAGAUUGAAGAUGAAAUGAUCCAGUGUGUUAUCUGUGAGGACUGGUACCAUUCAAGGGUAAAUAAUUUCUUUAUUGUUGUACAAUCUUAUCCAAAAUACCACUCUUUAAUAUUAAUAAUAUAUUGAGUCCCGUCAGGCUUUAACUUGUGGAUUUGAGAAUUAGUAGAUGGUCUCGUGCAUCAAUCAUCUCAAAUCAUAACAGCCAACCUUUGGUUACACAGAGCUGUAUAUUUUUUUGUACUGGAGUCAUUUGCAUUACUCGAGAAGAGUUGAUGUGAGUCAUUCAAUUACUAACUUAUGUCACAACGUACUUGUAAUAAUAAUAAUAAUAAUCAAAAUCAUAAUAAUAAUAGUAAGUAGUGAGAUCAAUAGUCUUAGCCGGUAUGUUGAGAGUUGUAACAGCCCCUUGUUGAGGCAGUGUACAAGGAAGAGGUUUUGAGAUGUUAUGCUAAAAGUUGCGAAGCCAUGUCAUUACAGCAAGAACAAAAAGAGCACUCUCAGGAGAAACAACUUUGUGGACAGUUUUGGAGGAACACAGCAGAAGUAGGAGAUAAAAACGUAAAAGACUUGGGAGUGAAUGAAAAAGGGCAGAUUAAAGAAGGUCAGACAGAGGGUAUGAUUAUGACGGCACAAGACCAGGCCUUAAGAACAAACAGUUUAAAGAGGAUAAUUUGCGGAGAAAGUGAUGAGACAAUUAGCCAUAUUUUAUCAGAAUGCAACAAGCUUGCUCAAAAGCGAUGUCAAUUGUUGGAGGCAUGACAAGGUGAUGCAGGUGAUUCACUGGGACCUUAGUAUUCGGAAAGCUAGGUUAUGAUACAGAUGAAAAAUAUUACAACCAUGAGCCACAAUCAGUGUAUGAAUCCACUGACAACAAGCUGCUGUGGGACUUCAAAAUACAGACUAACAACAACAUUAAACACAACAAACCUGACAUUGUGGUAUUGCAUAAGAUAGAAUGAAAGUGCCUGAUUAUUGGUGUUCCUUGUCUGUUUAACACCUUGGUGAAAGAGAAAGAGAAAAUUGAGAACUACCAAGACCUGAAGUGGGAAUUGAAAUGGAUCUGGAAAUUGCGCAGAGUAACUGUGGUGCCAAUCAUAAUUGGUGCAUUAAGAACUGCCUUUAAAGACAAAGAGAAGUGGUUAGCAUCAGAGAUUGGUGUCACAGAUCAUUUAGAAUCAUUGCAUAAAGCGUGCUUACUGGGUACAUCCAGAAUCCUUUGCAAAGUCUUAGACACCUAAGGUAACUGGUGGUGACUUGAUGUUUAAGGAAGACUCCAGCAAGCCAUCCAGACAGAAGCUGUGUUUAAUGAGAAUAAUAAUAAUAAUAAUAAUAAUAAUAAUAAUAAUAAUAAGUGCUGAAAGAGACUAGAGGAGCGAUGCAGGACAUCGGCCUCCACUGGAAUCAGAAAAAGUGCUCAGUGGUACACGUGAAGAGGGGAGCCCAAGUGCUAGACGAGUCUGGUAUGAGGAUGGACGAGACAACUACCAUCACGGCUCUUGGGGAAGGAAAACACUACAAAUUCCUGGGGGUGCUAGAGAACGUUCGACAGGAUGAACGGCUGGCCCUAGCCUGCGCGGCUAAAGAGUAUCUACGCAGGAUAUCUGUUAUAUGGUCCAGCCCCCUGUCUGAUUGUAACCGUGUGCAGGCAUCUAAUCAGUAUGCACUCCCGGUCCUGCGGUACCUAAUGUGGACACAGCAUUGGCCUCUAUCAGAGUUAAGAGAUGUGGACAGAGCAGCUCGGAAGAUCAUAGUUGAGAACGGUGGCAAGCACCCAGCUAGCCUGACUUCUUUGUUAUAUCUACCGAGGGAGAAAGGGGGUAGAGGCCUGCGAUCAGUCGAACACGAAUACAAGACCACUAAAAUCAAAUCGCUACUGAAACUGUAUCAGAACCCGGACCCGACUGUGGAAGCAGUUAGAGAAUUUGUAGAACACGCCAUGGUAUCAGGCCACCAGUCGCUCGUAAAGGAAGCAGCUAAGUACGCUGAAGAACUCAACAUCACCCUUCAGCUCAAUACCCUAAAUCCCGUGUGUGUUACAACAGAUGGAAAGGAGGUAACUGCAGCAAGAGCUGGGAAUCUGUUGAAGCAAUCUCAAGAGAAGCAGUUCUUGGAGAGCGCUAAAGACAAAAAGUGGCAAGGAAAGUUAUUCCGUAUCAGAUGGGAAGAUGAGAGCCUAAGCACAGCCAGCUGCUUUGCAUGGUUAAAAGGUUGGGCUACAUGCCCUACACAUACCAUCGCGGGCAUGUAUGAACUGUAUGAGCAGUUGUUACCUAUGAAGCUCUACACAAAGGAGAAGACGCAAACCUCCACCGACGGCGAAGUUCUAUGCAGGUUAUGUGGGAAGGUAGCUGAGAGCGUUGCACAUGUACUGGCUGGAUGUUCCUCCCUGGCACAAACCAAGUACCUAUACAGGCAUAAUGCAGCUUUGAAGAUUCUGUUUUUUGAGCUCCUGCGAGAGCAUGGGUUAAUGGAAGAGGUUCCACCAUGGUACUCACCGGUGAUGCCAAAACCAGCCUACCAGAACACCACGAGUGAGGCGUUUUGGGAUAUUCCCAUCUAUGCAGAGCACAACGAAGUUAGGGCAAAUCGGAUCGAUGCGCAACUUGUCAACCACGAGAGGAAAGAAGUCUGCACAAUUGAAAUGAGCUGCCCAUGGAUUGAGAGUAGAGCUGAGAAAGAUGAGGAAAAGACACUCAAGUAUGGGCCCAUGAUGUGGGAGCUGAAGCAGAGAUACAAUGGUUACAGGGUUGAACAGUUCAACGUAAUAAUUGACGUACUGGGGGGUUACUCUAAACACCUAGAGAAGUCGGUGAGGAAGCUACUUGGAGCGAGAGCACGGAGCAUACUUGAGCGAAUGCAGAAGUCGGUCAUCUCAAACACUUUAAACAUUGCCAGAACAUUUAAGAUAAAUACUUAGUUAGGGCGCUAUGGACUUCAGUUUUUAGGUUUUUGUUUUUUCUCUAGAAAUCUAGAAACACAAGCUUGCUGACGUUUUUAUUUAGAUUUUUUAGAACAUUAGAGUGUGAUAUUAUUAUAAAUUUUUUUUUAGUAGAGAUAGCGAAGGUUUUACUGAGUAUCAGAAUUUCAUAAUAAUCCAAAUUGGCUUUUUAAGUAGAGAGACUUAUAUCACUAUGUAUAAGCUUUUAGUAGAGAUAGCGAAGGUUUUACAGGGUAUCAGAAUUUAAUAAUAUUCUAAAUUGGCUUUUUAAGUAGAGAGAUUCUAUCACUAUGUAUUUUAGGAUUGUAUCAGGUUUCGUAUCGACCUUUUUUUACUUCUAAGUAUAGCUUCUCAAGUGGUGUAGGUUACGCUAUGCGCCCUACACUACUCAUAAUGUGGACAGCAUUCCAAAGUUUCAUACUGCGACAUAAUAAUAAUAAUAAUAAUAGUAACUUAAGUGAUUGAUGCUCUAUGUGUAUGGUUUGCGCCCGGCUGAUGCACAAAAGAACACCAGCAAAGACUGUGAUAAAAGAGAUAAUAAUAAUAAUAAUAAUAAUAAUAAUAAUAAUAAUAAUAAUAAUAAUAAAAAUGGUAAAAUCUUUAUUACAAAACCUCAAUUAAAAUCCUAUUUACAAUCAACCUGCUGUUACAAAAAAUCUAAUCAAUUCAUCAAAACACUAUCUACAAUUCCUUCAUUAGAGAACAAAAACAAUCCUAUAUAUAAUAAGUGAAGAAAGAGAAAACUAUUCAUUUACAAAUUCUAAAAAAUAGAAGUAACUUAACCUUACAUAAAAGAAGAGGAAAUAGAUAUAAUCAAUAAUAAAAGUUCAAAAUUCUAUAAAAUUAAGAAUUCCAUUAUGCAGAGAUAUCAAGAUCAUACAAUCGAAUUAUACUAAUGACUGCUAAACCAGUGUCCAUAAAAAGCCCUAAGUAUAAAAGCAUAUAGACACAUAUUUCAGAUAUCCACACUAGCGACAUUUUGAUCAAUUGUUGAUCAAGGCUUGGUGCUGAAUAAACAAAAACUCAGAGACUCUCUGUGUUUAAGGUAUAAUAUGCCCCCGUCCGACUUACCAAGCAAGUGUGUUUGUAGUGAGAAGUAUACCGUCUGACAUGCCUUGUCUUGCAAAAAGGGAGGGUUUGUGGUGCAGAGACACGGUGGUGUUCGCAACCUACUUACCUCACUUAUUGGUAAGGUUUGCACCAACAUUGAAGUCGAACCACAACUACAACCUCUCAGUAAUGAGUGAUUUAACCUCAGAAGAACGGUAACAAGCCCGCAGGCAAGACUGGACUUCAAGGCAGGGGGCUUUUGGUCUCGUGGAGUUACAGCAUUUUUUGAUGUCAUAGUAACGUGUAUUAACUCCAAGUGUAACCAGGGAAAAACAACGACCACAAUCUUUAAGGAGCAGGAGGAGGAGAAAAAGCGGAAGUACCAACAGAGGGUACUGGACAUUGAAAUGGGAUCUUUCACUCCCGUAGUUUUUGGAACCAAGGGUGGGAUGGGAGCCGACUGCAACUGCUUUUUCAAAUGCCUAGCCGAGAAGCUCUCAGAAAAGAAUGAGGAUCGAACCUUAUUACAUUACUAUUACUUGGUUUAGAACAUUGCUUUCUUUUGAGAUUUUAAGGUUGGUACACAUGCGUAAGAGGUUCCAAGACACCCUUCCACAAAUUUCCACAAGGGGAUUUCAUUGAUGACUGCCGCUUAAACGCUAUUAGUAUUUUAGGAUCUUUUUAAUCUUUUUAUUUCAUUUUUAAUCGAGAUGAAUUGUUUUUAAUAGAAAUGAGUUUGUUUUUGUUUUAAUUGAAAUGAAUUUUUUUUAAUCGAAAUGAACAGGAGCUUAUGAAAUGAAAUAACUUGUAAAUAGUGCUUUGACUAAUGGUUAGUUUUGUUAUCAAUAAUAAUAAUAAUAAUAAUAAUGAGUUAACAGUGUAGGGGAGUGUCUUUUUUUCAAUUAUUUUCCUUUAGCACCUGGGAAGUCUUCCUCCACCUGAUGGCGACUUUCAAGAGAUGAUUUGUGAUGACUGCAUGAGCAGGUGUAGCUUUCUUCAAGGGUACCUCCCUCUGUCAGGUAAAGUGGCUUGGCCUUAUGAAAAUGGUUUUUUUGGCUAUGACUCUUGUAGCCAUGUUAUGCAAGCUUAUGUGGGAAGUGGGCAGGUGUAUACAAUCAUGUUCACAUUCUGACGGUUUUAAUUGAUUUGCUUGCCUGUUUUAUUGUUAACGUAAAAGAGAAUGCAUUGUGUAGCACCUUCUUAUUUGAUAGAUGUCCUCAAAUUCUAUGACCCGGUAAUGUGUUUACGAUCUAAGUCCAGAAGCUUAUUGUCCACCCUGAAGUAUGAACUGGAGGGCUGUGGAUGAAGAGCCUUUUGUGUUGCUGCCACCAUAAUUUGUGGAAUUCUCUACUGGAUCACUUAAGACAAGCAAAAUUGAUAGACAAUGUUAAAUCUCUUUUGAAAGACCUCUUUUUAAACAAGCUUUUUAUGCAUAAAUUUUAUGUACAAAUUUUUUGUUUAAUUUUAUGAUUGUAUAUGUUUAUUAUUUUUAUCUUUUGGGUUUUUGAAUGGUUUUUUCUAUAAAAGCCCCAUUGAACUUAUGGAUUUUGGCACUUUAUAUUAAAUCAUUUAAUAUUGAUAUUAUUGUUAUCAUCCCAUCACAUUUUAAUUUUCUGAAUCAUUCUGGCUAAACAGAUGGCAGUCUGUGGUCUCAAUCUUAACCAAAGUAACACAGGAAUCCACAAAAAUCAAGAACAAAAAUAUACAUGUAUUUUUAACAUUAAGCUUGCAUAAAAGCCUUUUUAUUGAGGCCUUUGUAUCAAUACCUCUUUAAUACAGUCGAACCUCCACUAGCGGCCACCUCUUCACAUAUGGCCACUUUAUUUUGUUUUGACAGACAGUCCAUACUCUUACAACAGCCACCCAAGGGCAAGGGCCACUAAAGCGUGUCCCCAACUGCCAAAAUAACCUUUCGACAAUAGCCAGGUUUUUCAGCGACUGAUGAAAAAGUCAGCAAUCAAGUCAUGAAAUAUUCCUUAUUACACGUUGAUGAUUAAUCGCAGCAAUCAUAUUUUGACUUUGUUUCAUUUAUACUGCUGCAGUAAAUAUAAAUUGCCUACAAUGCCUAUAGCAAAUGUUGUGAAACUUGCUAGUUUUGUCAUGUUAACAUUUUUAAACAUAAUUAAACCUUUUUGUGUAUAAUAUAUAUUAUUUAUGAGUGGGUUACUAUUUAGUAUGGGAUAUAGUAAGCAUGAGCUGGCACAAUAAAGGUGUUGUAAUUUGUUUAAAAAAAUAAAUAAUUGUCAUAUUAGACCCUUACCUGCGCAUAACGGCCACUUUCUUCUGUCCCCAAGGUGGCUGUUUUGGAGAGGUUCGACUGUAUUUAUCUUUCAUAUUGGCAUUCUAAAUCCCCAUGAACUGAAUGGAUGCUUUUGUGGAACUAAUUUUGAUGUUGUUUUUCAUGUUUCCAUGUUCCCAUCAAUAGCUCAGCCCCACUCUUCUACACAAACCACACGUAAACUAAAAUUCCUCGAUUCUUUCUGUUAAGGGUUAGCCCUCAAAAGGUCAGCUUUCUGUCAUAUUAUAGCGUUCACUUUAUUUCAAUUGAUAUAACAAUAUUUUUUUGUUUUGGUCCCCUACCAACAUAGCAUAACAGUAACAGUUAUAAACCCUUAAUUAAAAUGUGGUAAACAUAUACUAAUGCAUACAAGUAUAAACUCUAAUAUUAAAAAAAAUGAUUAAGUUGUUUGUUCCCAUUGUGUUGUAGUGAAUGUUUGUUGUUGAUUUGUUUAAUGGUGUUUGCCUUUCUGAUUUAUCUACACAGAGUUUGCAGGCAAGUAGAAAUAUUACUCUCAAUGUAAUCAAAGUGCAUGUUUUUUCCCUUUAUUGUUGCAACAGUCCCAUCCCAGCAAACUUCAAUUGCCUCAAGUCAGCAAGUCAUCAAGUCAGAGACAGAGGCAAAACCUAAAGUUCAACUGCAACCUGACGACGAGUCAGGAGAAACAAACAAAGCUGAAACCAACAGUGACAACGCCACUCAUGAGGCUGAAAAAAGUCAACAAGAGACGAGUGACUUGGCAACGCAGCAGGUACAUGCAGGCAGUAAUGUUAAUGUAAAGUUCAUUAGGACAAUGUAGUCUUCCCCAUGUGACCUCCAAGAGAUAUAAAAAUCUGGUUAUAUUAACAAAAUAUUAACAAAGUUAUGUCAUUAAUAAGGUCUCCAGAUAGGAAAAGAGAAGGUUUUAUUGCAUAAUCAAAUCCGGGGGGGGGGGCACUUUAGGAAUUUCUGGGUGGGGAUGUGCCGCUGGGACCCUGGAACCCUUGACCUAUACCAGAGCUAGUUCAGCUGAAUUUUGCUACCCUAUACUAGAGUUUACUCCCAAAAUCCCCCUAUCCUAGAGUAGCUGUUUCCCCAGUGUAGAUAAAAUCUUCAACCAACUGAUGAGUUUCCUGAAAAAUGAUACCCUAUUCUAGACCCAAACGCUCUGAUUUAUAUACCCUAUCCUAGAGUAAACUGCUUGAAAACCAUACCCUUCACAGCGGCACAUACCCAUAUAGCCCAUAUAUGGCAGUACCCACCCCGGGAAUCAAAUAUCUUUUCCAAUAUGAAGAGGUUCUUGAAGCCAAGUUCAUGUUUAGUUUUGUGUACCUCAUUUAGCGAGAUUCCAGUGAAAGUGAGCCCUGCGUUUCCCAGACACCUGAUUCUUUGGAUCAAAUCGUAAAAGAAGAAGCUACGUCUGAACCUACCAACAAUGGGGUGAAAUCAGAAACCCAAACUGUUGAAGACUGCAAACUUGCUCAACUGCAAGAUGCUGUGACUUCCAUUGAGAGUAGAGCAACUUAUUGGUAUACAGGGUGGAGAUCAAACCUUUGCAAAUGUGAUAAAUGCAUGGUAAGCCUGAUAUUCAGAUUUGUUGUUCCAGCCUUAGAGAAACAACGCAACAUGUGGCUUUAUUUCUAUCCAAUAGAUGACAGCUAUUAACAAUUUUAUAAUUGAUUAAAUAAUCUCAGGGUUCUGUUCCAUGCAUUAUUCAUUUAGUGACAAUUUGUUUUGUUUACAUGUGAUAGUCAUUAUACAAGUCACUGGAUGUGCUUUACCUCACUGAUGAAUCAGACACUAUGAUGGCAUAUGAAGAGAGAGGAAGACAAAAGAGACCGAGUGUUUCAUCGUAUGAGAGUGGCAUGAAUGCCCUUCAGAACAUGGGUCGCAUUCCCCAAGUGGAGGUUCUACAUGGUAAUUAAACUGUAGUACCGGUAGUUUCAUAUUAUUUUUUACCAUUCUAUGAAUGUAUUACAGUUGGUGCAUGUUAAUGAUACAUAUCUUUACUGACCUAACCACACAUUUGGCGUUAUUCCAACAGAAUUUUAAAUUGCUAUAUGUCUGUGCUAUCUUAUGCCCAUUUAGAAAUUUCUGAAACCUAGAAUUGGAUGACUUUGUCAGUUGCUGUAUGCUAAAUUUAGGUUACAAAACGUGAAAGCAUUUGCUCAGCACUGUGCUAAACUCAGUGAUGGUUUGUCCCACGUAAGUUUUUUGUGAACUAGUUUUAUGUUUUCAUUGAUUUAUCUUGUGACCCCUUUCGUCAACAUCUUCUGUUAAUUUGCAUUGUGCUCUUAAGUGGACACGAAACAGUAACUGAAGUUUAUUUCUCUUAUAUGUUCAAGGAUUAUUUUUAGUGCAUUAUUAUUGACACCAAUGGCCUCGGUGGGUGAACAAACACCUGAUCUUGACCAGUGAAAAAAAAAACUGUCGUCCCAUACAGUGAUUUUUAACUUGAUCUUGCUGAUUCUCGCUGUUAUUUGCAGAAUAUAAUGACAUGAAAAGUGAACUGACGGAGUUCCUAAGAGACUUUGCAGCUCAAGGAAAGGUCAGUGAAGUCACUGAAAAUAAGUUAGUAUUCUUAGUUAAAAAUGCUUGCCGGGUCCCCUUGAUUGUGAAACAUUUUUUACAACAUCAUCUUGGGCGAGAAAAUAAUGAAGCAAGUUUCAAACAUUAUCAUGUUGAUACCGUAAAUAGUUCUGUAAAAUUAUGCUCGAAACUGACGAACCUUGUAUAGCACUUAUGACGUCAUUAGCUUCUUCCGAUUCACAACUUGUCUGCAGAAAGAAGUCUUCCCAACAAGCUCAACUUUGGGACAUUUCCACAAAUAAGACCAGAGAUGGAUGCAGAAAAAGUUCACAUUUGAUUGAUAAAAUAAUUUUCAUGAAGAUAUUAUCUCACGACACACAGGUACUUCCUUACCAAGUCUCCAACAAAUUUUCGAAAACUUUUUCUACAAGGAAAACACUUGGUAAAAGCCAAGCAGCAAAAAGGAAGAAUGCAGAAGGGAGGGUAUAGGAAUGGAAAGAAAAGAAAGCUAUUGGUUUUGCAAUCGAACAUUCCACAAUGACCACCUUUGGACAGAAAAAAGUGGCCUUUGUCAGAGAGUUUUAAAUAAGAGUCACUGUAUGGACUGUCCACUAAAAAAGUGGCCGUUGUAGAGAGGUGGCCGUUAGUGGAGGUUCUACUGUAUUUUUAUUUUUAGGUGGUGAAAGAAGAAGACAUAAGGGACUUUUUUGACUCGUUACAAUCCCGCAAGAGGCAACGAGUUGGAAGUGCAAACUCAGUCCAAUACAGCUGCCGAUAAUUAAUACCUAUAAAGUUUAAUAUACUUAGUACUGCUCAAGGUAUUCGUGCAAUAGACGAAGUAAAAUAUACAUUAAGUACAAGAAUAGAAUAAAUCGUUAUUGUGCUGCAAGAGAAAAAUGUUGCGCUGGCAUGGUACCUACCUCAGUCACUUCAGUACCUGUUCAGAAGAGUCUGCCGGGGACUGGCUGCCAGUGAGACUCACUAGUGCAAAACAUGUAUUGGAUAUGACCACGAACAACUGAUGCUGCUCAGUAUUAUGUGGUGCGAGUGACAGUCCACCGUGGACUGGCUGCCAGUGAGACUUACUAACUAGUGCAAAACAUGUAUUUGAUAUGUCCACGAACAACUGAUGCUGCUCAGUAUUAUGUGGUGCGAGUAACAGUCCACCGGGGACUGGCUGCCAGUGAGACUCACUAACUAGUGCAAAACAUGUAUUUGAUAUGUCCAAGAACAACUAACACAGGCUCAGUAUUAUGUCGUGCCAAUAAACAUAAUGUACUAACCCCUGGGACACCCUUGGGAACUUGAGUCAGUCGGUCUAGCUUUCUACCUUAUAACCCGGAACAAACCGUCUCGUAUCGUUCUUUAUAUCAGAAAGCCUUGAACAGACUGAUAAGAGAGUCAAGUAAAGUUUUUGAUAAGUCGAAAGAACCAGUCAGUCUCAAGUCGGUAAUUUUCCAUUCAGUUUCUAUAUAACGCGUAAGCGAUUCAGUGCCGGCUUUACACUUUCUGAAUGAUACAGUGUUUGGUACUCGGUUAUGAUGAUGGUUAUCAUGUUUUGCACAAAUUUUCAGUUUUAAUGCCUACCCUGAGAGGGCGAUUAGCUCAACACGAAUUUGCGUUAGAUGUCCGCUGUCUAUAUUUCCAUAAGUGUUUGUUUGUUUGUUUGUUUUUGUCAUUCGUGCAUUAUUUAUCUUUCCAUCAAGAUCCAUCAACCAAGGUGGUCAUAACUUCUCUAAAGACUCUCUCAUGACAUAAAUUGUUAUAGAAUAUAAGUACGAAUUGUAAGAUGUAUUUGAAGCAAUAAAGUUGAAGUCAUAGUUUUGCUGCAUAUUUAUUCUAAUAUUCUUCUUUUCGCCUUAUCUGAGCCGCAGGAGAUAGUGUUUAUAUGCCCCGUGUAAUCCUCGAAGGCCAGCCGACUUUCAUGGUCGAUUCAUAAAUUACCAACAAUCAUAUCAACCGUUGAGUGUAAUGUAAAUUGGUCACUGUGGAGAGACAGAUUACCUUGGUGACUAGUUAAUUUCAUCCAUUCAGCUUAUAAUUCUUCGAUCAUGCAGUCAAAUACACAUCCGACUCUGUCUGGGGGCCAGUUAAAACUUUGUUAUCUUAUUACAAACCAUCUCAGUCAUAUUUCUAGUUUUAAGCCUUCAGCUGGAAUACGAAAAUAUUUUUUACCAGCCUUUCCUUUUUAUCUGGAAUGAGUAAUAGGUGAAUAGCGUUAUUGGCAGUUGAUUUUCCCUAAAACUGUCAGCAGGUUUUUAGAGUAUAAAUCUGGCAGGAUUGGGUUGAGGUUAGAGGUAUCUGUGCAAAGAUUAGCCUACGUAGCAGGCGCUUGUAAGUAUUAUGCCUGGAGCGCCAUGUUCUUUCUUGCGCCCAUAUUACUUGUAAGCGCCUGCUAGGAUUCGGCUGUGAUGAUUUUCUCUUUCAUGCCAUAUUUGGUGGCCAAGAUUUUUUCACACCACCAGUGAUAACCUCUAUGUUUAUGUUAAGUCCUUUUGAUUAUCUUCCGUCUACCCUUCCCGUGGUUUUAUUAAUCUAUCAUUUCACAGUAAUUCUAGAUAAUGUUCGAAUUAGCCAGAGUAAAACUUCUGGCCCCAGUUGUUCAAAAGGUGGAUAACCCUAUGCGCUGGAUAAAAUCUCUAUCCAGUGGAUAACACAAUUGGUUUUCCUAACCCUUAUCUGCUGGAUAGGGAUUUAUCCAGGCCCAGUUGUUUGAACCCCGGUUAGCGCUAACCCAGGGUUAAAUUUUAACCUGGGGUUCAUUUUCUUUUAAUCAAAAGCACUCUGGGAUAAUCUUCUUUAGUAUAUACUAAAGCAGUGGAUAGUGUUUUUCGCGCGCUCUGAUUAUUUCAGUGAAUAUAUGCUGCACUAUUCACUGAUUCACCUCCAGUUCCUCCGAGCGAGUGACGCCAAACUCGCGUAAGUUGCGAGCAAAAUGCCUUCCCGGUUUGCUUCCGUAAACAAACAAAGAAAUUUCACAACUAAUCAAGCAAGCUGUUUCCGAAAUACACGAAGAAGGUGACGAAGUUCGGAUUGGAAGUUUUAACAGGUAAAACUUUGUCUUUUUGACACGAAUUUAUCGAUAAAACCGGUGAAAAAGUUUUUUGUUUACUAAUGCAGAUUAAGUUUAAGUCUUGAGUUACUUUAUUUCGUUGAGUUGUUCAUAAAUAAGCUUAAAACUAAAUUUAAUAAUCUUUUGUUAUACCACUACAUGAGAAAUUUCUGCAAUUUGAAUUGCUUAGAGCAGUGGUAUUUCAGCUUAAUUUGAAAUACCUACAUGUGAAAAUUACAAACCUUUUGUGGGUAGUAGUAUAAACAAAUAAUAGCAUGAUUUGUGCGUGAUAUUUGGCAUAAAUACCACUUGAGUUUGACUAAUAGUCGCGGGUCGCGGGUCGCGGGUCCAAAGUCGCGGUCGCGGGUCCAAUGUCGCGGUCGCGGGUCCAAAGUCGCGGUCGCGGGUCCAAUGUCGCGGCAGGGGAAAAUGAUUUGGGGUUCGAGGUAACAGCUGAGUGAAAACGACUGAUAUGAACACAAUAUAAAGGGAAAAAAUCUUUUUUAUGCACAAUACUCUACGGUAGCCAAUUUACAGGUUACGGAUGUUAGAGUCAACAAAAUAAUGUCUCAAGGAAAGACCUAAAAGAAAAAGCUGGCCGACUUUUGUGUUCAGCGCAAGUUUAUUUUUUUUUUCUUUCUGUCGGGCCCAGUUAUGUGUAAAUUCAGCUUUGAAUAUACUUAUGCAUAACAGUAUCUGAUAAAAAAAGUUACCAUAAGUUACCAUUGCUUUCUUGUUGUCGAUGAAUUGCUCACAAAUGCUUAAGGGUUCAAUUACUGAAAAAUAUGCGAUGCACUUCAUAGACUACAGAUUAUAAACGUUACAACAACUUAAAGCCUUUUUUUUAAAAAAAGCGAACUCGGGCUCAAAAAGCUACGAGUCUGUCGGUAGAAGAAACGAGAACUCUUAUAUUUAACAAAUGUUUUCGACAAAACUGAAAGAAAAUGUAAAUAGGCGCGUUAUACUUCAUUCAAGCGGUAUUCAAGGCAUGAAUUUAAUAUGGAAACAACUAAUAAUCCACAGAAAGGAAUCUGUUCCUCGAAGCAAGAUUUUCGCUUAAUGCUUUUAUUUUUACAACUGAGACGGCAACCCAGAGAGUUCAAUAUAACUUCUUGUUCUCUUCACCUAAAUGGCAACCAGGACAACCUGACAAUAGGAAGCCAUUCAAUGUGCGUCUCAGUCAAAUCUUGAAAACAUGCAUCGUAAAUAACUAAGUGAGUAAGUAGGUAAGGAAAUAAUAACGCCCGAUAUCAUGAAGCUGAAAAAGAAAGUAAACCAGACACUGAAAACGGUAAGUUAUCAACUCCACCAGAGUUAAGAAAAGACAAUAAAUUAGGUAAGUAAUUCCAGAUUCCAGGUACUGGAUUCAAGUCUUUGUCAGUAGAACCAAGAGACUAUGAUCUAUUCUCUCUUAGUAGAACUUGGAUUCCGGAUUUCAAUCGUUAUUGGGAACAAACUCCUUUCUGUGGACAAGAGAGGAUAAAGCUGGAGCUUUAUCCCCUCUUGCUGUGGAUUAGUACUUGUUUUUUAUUAAAGUCAUGCCUUGAAUACCCGCUUGAAUGUACUUUACUGGCACUUCAAGCCCAACGUCUCUCCUCCUCUUUCCAGUUACUUGUGCAAAGAGUUUAUUUUGUCGAAUUUUGGGAGUUUGCGACUUUUACGCGGGUAAUCUUUUAGAGGACGGGUAGCUUGCAAACUAAACUGAACGCAGCGUUGUCGGAACAGCAACAAGAAGAUUUAUUCCAAAGAAGAACGUAGUUUCCACUGAGUAAAACUCCACAACAGACGUAACUCGUUAAACUUACGCGGCCUCCGCCAACUUGAAUAAAAACUGCCUUCGUCACACUUUACUAAACACGACCAACGUCAAACUCUCUUCUCUUGUGAAAACUAGUUAAAACUUAACUCGGGCUCGCCUACCUUAUAUACGUUUACAAUAAGAUUCUAGAACUUUCCAAAUAGUUUAAUUAUAGAAAGAUUACAAAAUAUACCGCUUUUAGAAACUCUUACACAAGAUCCUAAAAUAAACAAAUUAUGAACUCUCGCGAAGCUUCUAGAAAGUCACACUAGUCAGGCAAUACAAUUUUUCGUAACAGCGACCAGGAAGUUUUUCAACAAGCGUUUUCUUUAUUUUUGCCGAAAACAUUUGUUAAAAUUGAAACAGUUCUCGUUUCUUCUACCGACAGACUCGUAGCUUUUCGAGCCCGAGUUAGCCUUUUUUAAAAAAGGUUUUAAGUUGUUGUAACGUUUAUAAUUUAUAGUCUAUGAAGUGUAUCGCACAUUUUUCAGUGAAUGCACCCCUAAGGAUUUGUGAGCAAUUCAUAGACAAGAAGAAAACAAUGGUUACUCAUGGUAACAUUUUUUAUCAGAUACUGUUAUACAUAAGUAUAUUCAAAGCUGAAUUUACACUUAACUGGGCCCGACAGAAAGAAAACAAAAUAAACUUGCGGUGAACACAAAAGUCUGCCAGCUUUUUCUUUUAGGUCUUUUCUUGAGACAUCAUAUUGUUGACUCUAACAUCCGUAACCUGUAAAUUGGCUACCGUAGAGUAUCGUGCACAAAAAAGAUUUUUUCCCUUCAUAUUGUUUUCAUAUCAGUCGUUUUCAAAUCAUUUUCCCCUGCCGCGACAUUGGACCCGCGACCGCGACUUUGGACCCGCGACCGCGACAUUGGACCCGCGACCGCGACUUUGGACCCGCGACCGCGACCUUGGACCCGCGACCGCGACAUUAGACCCGCGACCGCGACAUUAGACCCGCGACCGCGACAUUGGACCCGCGACCCGCGACCCGCGACUAUUAGUCAAACUCUCAUAUUUCAAAAUUGUCUCAAAUUUCACUCGCCUAACGGCUCGUGAAAUUACGUAUAACAAUUUCGAAAUAUCACAAGUGGUAUUUAUGCCAAAUAUCACUGCAAAUCAUGCUAUUACCUAUACUUAUAGAAUGAUUUUAAAUACAAAAAAUAAUUCACAACUCCUUUUGAAGAAAUUUCCCCGCAAGAGCUAAACAAAUGCCUUCAAAAGUUAUAAUUGUCGGCAAGAAAAAGCGACGGCCGCGGCCGCCCGGUCAUUACGCGCCAAAAUUGUAAUCGUUGGCAACAGUAUUUGAGUUAAAAAUCAUCAUUUUUGUGCUCAAUUAUCUCACUGUUUUAGUAUAUACUAAAACAAUUAUUCACUUCAGUGUCGGUGGCUAGUCGUGGAUAUUUACCUCACUGCUUCGCAGUUCGGUAAAUACCCACCACGACUACCCACCUCCAGUUCGGUGAAUAAUUGUUAUCUAUUCUCUGUAGAGUAUCCAAUCAUCGCACUAACCCUGGGUUACCUGGUUACCUUAACCCAGCUCAACCCGACCCCGGAGGAUACGCUAUCCAGCGGGCCCAGCGAUGACUGGGCUAACAAAUUGCGUCACAAAUGCUACACAUGACGAGGACGACUAUGAGUGCGAGAUUUGAUUUAAAGUUUUUUCGCGUAUUCUCAAAUGUAGACUUCCCGGAAAGCGUCAUUUGACCAUUUUUCACUCGAAAAGUUAGCACUGUUAUUUUCAGUGAAGGAGGUUACGUGCUCUCCCGAUCACAAAAUUAUAUAACUUCUAACAUUUGAUAUCUUGUUUUCGCCACUACGACAUUCGCGCUUAAACUCGUAGUAGAAUGACGACGGCUACCACGUUUUCCCACAUGUCUAUAUCAUCCUUAGAGCUGGCCAUGGAAGGUGCAAUUUGUCAAUUAUCCUGAAAUUCAAAAGCAAGUUUAUUUUUAGUUUGUCAGAAAACAUCAGUGUUUCACGCUGGCUAUUCCUCAUGUUGUAAGCCGCUAAAGUCAAGUUUCAAAGCAAGUGCGAGAAGACAAUUGCCCUUCAAAACCCCCCAUUAAAUAUUCAUCUGGAUUUAAUUUAGCGUGAAAAUUUAAAAUGUAUUUUAUAAGUUAAAAUUUGUUAAUUAACUUAACAACAGCAGAAGGCAUAAGAAAGGUGAGUGGACCACCAGGUAGGUGAAUGUUUGUUUCUAAACAGCAGUGGGAUAUUAAAUCACCCGAAAUUUUUAUUUGUCAACUCAGUGGCGGAUUGACCUUCAGAUAAGGGGGGCCCGGUCAUCCAGAUCUUAAGAUAAGGUGGGGUGAGGCAGUCUCCAAAAAAAUUUUUUUCAGCUCUUUGUCCUCAGUUUGGUCUACAAUUACGGGGAGGCGGCCCCCCCCCGUCCCUCCCCUAGAUCCGCCACGGCAACUGGACAACUGAGGUGAAUUUAAAACCACUUUAAGGGUGUUACAAAGUUGGCAUUUUGACAGCUAGGCAUUCGCCAAAUCAAAUCCUUUGACCACUGAAGGCAAAUGCUUAUUUUACUCGGCAUUUGGCUCGACAAUAUUUUCAGCUUUUUUUAAAGAUCAAUGCUAUGACUCGUUUUUAGUUGAUGCUCCAGUAAUAAGAUCAAAGUUGCUCAAUGGUUACAAAACAAGUUAUGAGAGACUGCCUUAGCAAUAGUGUAAGUAACGUACGCCACCUUCGACUGCAUCACCAAAUAGCUGCACUGCAACGUUGGCCUCCAUACUUUUGGAUGAACCUUGGUGAUUACGACGGCAGUCGUGCACGGUGGGCUCCCUGUUGUUAGCAACAGCCUCUUGACACACUCGGCAUAAGGUAUUCCGCGUGGCAUAGCUGAUCACUUUUCCCGUCUUUAGCCCCACUGCAGUCCCCACUCCGGAUGAGGAAUCAUAGCUCCGGCUCUUGCCACGCUUUCUCCAUCCCAUGUCGUAGGACACGCCCACUGCCACUGGCCCUUCCCCUUGACCGUCAUUCUCUGAGAGGUCCCUUUCCAUCUCCGUAAACGCGGCACACGACCGCUUGGCCACACUCUCAAUGGCACUUCCAGCUUCUCGUUCUCGUUUCUUGAAGUUUCGCGAAGUCAGUGAGGGAAGACCAAGGGCAGACAUCAAAUCAGAGUACUGUGAAUGGCCGAUUCCGGCAUGCAAGGCCCCGAGACCUGCUCUGGAAUUUAUGUCAAGAGUCGCUGACCCCCGUUUGCCAGUUCGGUGGCUCUCGGCAGGGCGGAUACUGUUGAUGGAGCAACAAUUACUGCAUUUUACUUUUAAAAUAGGUAUCGGUCCUUCCGGUCGCACGUCUUGGCAACUGUUGGCUAGUCCUAAAGGCCCCUUAUCACAAUAUUGACAUUUCUCAAGCGCUUCCGUAAGCAUUUCCAGGUUGACAAUAUAUUCUUGGCUAGCGUUCCCUAUUUUCUUAUACGGCGGGUCCGAACGUAAAAUAGGUCUCGUGGGCGAUGAAACUGACGCCUUGCAUCGUUUUUCUGUUAGCUAGUAGCUAGUUUACUGGCUCUCAUCUUUUCACAUUUUUCCUCAUAUUGUCUCCUCUUCUUUCUUGUUAUCUCACUACUCUCUCUCGCUGCACUAUCUGGGGGACUCUCCUGAUGGAAAAAUACAAAGUCCGCAAUAUUAGGACGUCCUAUCAUGAUGUCAAUGAUAUUUAAAUCAAGCGCAAUAUUGUUCAAUAACUCUUAAAAUAAUGGACACUUACGAACCUGAAGCACAAUCUCUUCUCCGUGAACCUCUUUUCUCACUCGAAUAGCAUUCAACACCCCAGCCAUUUUCUUUCUAGAGUUUUUAAUUCUCGGCAUGAUGCACAGUCAGCUGGUUGGAGACGUUGCGUGACGGGAAUCCCUUCUAUUUUUUCAUUCUAAUUAUCAACCAAGCGUGGUCAUUGCACGCGUGCUGAACAAGAAUGCUGUAUAAUGACAGACUAGAAACAAUAGACAAUUCCCAAAGCACAAUCUCGGCCAAAACGCUGAAAAUGCUCAAUGUUUACUAAAGUUUGGGCUUAUAGAAGAUAAUGUCACAGUUUUUCAAUGACCAUGAAAUUCAUAGUCCGGGUAGGUAGUUAAUCAAUCGUGGCCCUGAAAAAAUUUGAAGAAAAAAAAAACUACGAAUUUUGAAGAAAAUGCUUUUUUCGUGAGAAGGACUCUCAAACGCUGGCAAACGUCAAAAAAUAGCGAAAACUAUAAUUUGUAUAUGUUUGCUUUGCUCGAAAUCGCGCGCAUUUACAAGGCCCUAAAGCUUUUUGCUGACUUGCAAGGACCCAUCUGUUAUAACGAUCCCCAAAAUAAAGAGAUCAGUCUCAUAGUUUAUUAGAUAUAAUCGUGUAAUGUUUGCUUAUCAUUUUCGCAUAAAUUAUGACCUCAAUUUUGAAACCGCUGAAUUUCUCGAACUGGGUCUUUGCGAUUUUGUCGAAACUCUGUCCAGCGCAAGGCACUAAUGCGUACUAUGUGUAGCCGAGAGAUUUUCACGAAAAAACGCCGGCAACAGCAGAUUUCCGACUCAGACCUCAAAGGGGCGUGGCAUUAUAACCACGUGACAUUUACUCCGAUCGCCAAAAAUUUUAUGUCAUAUUGUAAAUUGAUCUAUAUGUUAUCCAUUCUAUGUGUUAGACUUACGAUAAAAGUAAAGGUGGGGAUACCAGAGAGCUUCAAAGUAGGAUGGUACCCCCCCAAAAAAACUGGGUCAAGUCACCUAAAGUACAGCGUUAUCCAUGAUCAUUGGGUGACCUGUGACGAUGGUUUACAUUUGUUUCUAUAGCAACACUUUUGCACGCAAGCUCAGUGGAAGAAAGAACAAACAAUAACUGAUGGAGAGCAUUAUCGGCAUUUCCAAAUUUAAGUGAUAACUUUUAUCAUUUUCACGCCUUUCCCUAACGGUUUCUGUGGGCAAUAUACACAAUAUUUUGGCAAACAAUGAACCUGUAGAUUCGCGGGAAAGCUAUGCAGAGUAAGAGCAGAGAUGGAAGUUUUUUCUGUGACGUGCUUUACGGCGUUCGAAGCGCGUGUUUGUUCUUUAUAUAUGUAAUGAUGGUUUUCUUUUUCUCCUAAAGAAUACCGUAUCCUCGGGAAGAAAGGAGAGGGAACUUUCUCGGAAGUCCUAAAAGUUCAGGACGUUCGAGAUGGGAAUUAUUUUGCUUGCAAGAAGAUGAAACAGCGGUAUGAAAGGUGAGAAUGUCAAUCCUGUUUGAUCAGAGUAAUAAGCGCGUUGAUUUCUUGUGUUUUCGCUAAACUGUGUGCUGUCAUACGUGAAAGGUCUGUGUUUUUUCACUUGAUGUACAUUACAACUAGAGUGUUCUUUCUGUUUUGAUUUCAGUAUCGACCAAGUUAAUAAUCUGAGAGAAAUUCAAGCUAUGAGGCGGUUAAAUCCCCAUGGAAAUGUCAUUGAACUGAAAGAGAUUAUUUUGUAAGUAGCUACUAAAGCUUAGCAUAAACGCUUAAUUCUUAGUUGAAAGUGAAUAUAAUCUCAUCCGUCCGUCCGGAUAUUGAUAACCUUUUUCAUCAUUAAAUCAAUUAUUAACGAGGUUAAGAUAUCUAGGCAGAAUUGUUCAUUUCAAACCUUUUUUGUUUUGCCUCAAAGGUUAUGCUUAAGUGUCAUGCAGUGUUAAUAAAUUCUGCUGUAAAAUUAAAACUGCAAUCAUUUAUUGCUCCCUAAAAGUAAAACAUAUUUAAGGCAGGCGGUGUGUGUUUGUUUACUUUAUUCACUUGUUUACAUUUUUGCCUGAGGCAGCUGUGACAUCAAUAAGUCAUGGUUAUGAUCCCACUUCCAUCUAAUCACUUUCUGCUUUUAAAAAUUGCUAUUUAACAGUAUUAACCUUUUUACCCUCAAUUUAUUGACUCAUAAAUAUGCCUUGGUAUGUUGUACAUGACAUCUUUAAGAGUAGCUGCUUUGUUGCAAUAGUUUAUUGGUGGGGUAUAUCUUGCUGUGAAAUAAAAACACUAAUUUAACAUGUUUUUUAUCCUUUCAACAUUCAGUGACAAAGGAAAUGGAAAGUUGGCAUUAAUAUGUGAACUGAUGGACAUGAAUUUAUAUGAAAUGAUUCGAGGUAUGGAAGCAUUGUACAAUAUUGUUAACAUGCUGUUUUACAUGUCAUUUGUGACAUAAGCAUAUAUCCAUUGCGUUUGCUUGUCAGAAUUUUUCAUUUGCUUUCAAGCUUAAAAGCAACCAUAAAUUCCAACAAGGAAAUGCACCAAAUGAAUUCACCUGAUGUCAUUUGUUUAGUGUAAGCUAGUUUAAUGCAGGAUCUAUUAUGUUCAGAGAAGAGCAUAAAAUCCUAAGUCUUUAUUUUUGCCUUUAGGACGACGGCAUUAUUUACCUGAAGCCAGAGUUAAGCAAUACAUGUAUCAGCUCUGUAAAUCAAUAGAUCACAUGCAUAGGUAGGUGGUUUUUUGUGAGCUGCAUGAGAUUAGGACUACUUAUUAUAGUCACUCACUGACUUGCCCUGCAACUAAAUGUAGUCAACUAAAUUAGAUGGCAAAAUGAUGAGUAUGAAAAUAGAGUAUAGUGUGUGUUAGGUUACUUAAAAAAGUUCCUGGUAAAACAAGGUCUUAAAACUAUGUUGACAACCAUGAUUUUUAGGUGAUGUUACUUGUAGCUAUAAUAGGGACAUUAAUAUGAUGGCAGGAAAAAUAGAAAAUCAAGAAAUAAUCGGUUUAACUAAGCAAGGCAACAGCUCUGCAUAUAAAUUACAGUUUUGGGUACAUUUUGUGGUAUCCUUUGCAUGGUUACGUGAAAUCUUCUUGUGUUACAUGGACAAGAACUCGUAAUGACAAAUGAACCAUACUGUCCUUUCUCUUUUUAAUCUAAAAGGUUGGACCAUCCCUUACAAUAUUCAACUCCACAAAAAGUCAACGUGGCCAUAAUUUUAUGUGACAAAUUGAGCAAAUUUAAAUAGUCACAUUGUUGCCUGUUUGCAAACAUCUCCUAUUUUCUUUGUUUCUAUGUCUGUACAUGAAUUAAAGGACAUAAAUUCCCUUUACUGUUGAUUUGUUCACUGUCAUUAAGAUCCCAAAUAUACAAGAAACAAGUCAGAAUAAUGUGUAAUUUUUAAGAUUCAUUUAUGUGAUUUAAUUAAUAUCUUUUUUCAGGAAUGGAAUAUUUCAUCGUGAUGUUAAGCCAGAAAAUAUUUUGAUCAAGGUAUGUUUAUUGUUCUCUUAAUUGUUGUUGUUGUUUUUAUAGCAAUAACAACCAGUGAUUUAAGAAUUAGAACAGAGCACUAUCAUGACACUUCUGAGUGCAUUUGGAUGUAUGGAUUUUUUUAGGAGUAAAAUUGCAUAGUAAGAGCUUGUUUAACCUAAAACCAAAUUUCACCUACAUAAUUAUUUGUAAUUACUUAAGUGUUUCAUGCGAAAUAAGUAAAUAUCUAUGCUUUUUGACAUUUUGUUUAAGGACGAUGUUGUGAAACUUGCUGACUUUGGCUCAUGUCGAGGUGUUUACUCAAAGCAACCAUACACAGAGUAUAUAUCAACACGAUGGUAUGUUGGGUUGUAUUCAUGAUCAUUCACUGUAUAAUCUUAUCUUUUAACUUCCUGAUUAUCUUGUUUUCUGUUAAUAAGUCUUUUGCAAAGUUGUUGGCCCUCAGUUGACUGUGUGGCAUAUAUAUAGCUUAAAUAGUAUGAAAAUCAUGAAUUAAUAUCAUAACAAAUAGUAUGAUAGCGAGUAAUCUGUAAGGAAAUGUUAGGUUCAGUAAAGACAAGCUUUUCUCUUUAAUUUUUUUGGUAUGAAUGUGUUUAGUAUUAUUUUAUCAAACAAUCCAUAUAAUAAUAUUGGGUUGACCAAUCACUUUUUUCCCAGCAUUGUCACUUACUUUCUUGCAAAACACAGAUUCCGUUGAUAGCAGUCAAUUUAGUACUGUAGAUGAAAGAUUGUAAAAACAACCUUUUGAAGCACUAGCCUUUUAUCAUAGCAAAUCGCUUAGCUACAUGAGGAAUAGGCUAGGACUCGUGCAGGGACUGAAAUUGUGCCUUCCCUGUCUCCAAUGCGAAUAAAAGUUUAAUAAUGGCGACCAGAAUUCCACAACUGGUCACCAGCGGGUGACUUAUCAUAUUACACUUUUAUCUGCAUUGUUAUAGUUCACUUUAACGUUCAAAGAAACUGAUUAAAAAUAUGAUUUACCGGUAGUGGCUUUCACCGACAAAUGUCUUACUUUUUUAACUUGUUGAUGUUUUUGGAAAAAACUGAAACAAGUCUUCCCCUGAAACUACCUCCACAAGAGUAGAGAGCAAUGCAAUGCAAAAGUUGCCAAGCCACCAUGUUUAUUUUAAGCAGUUUAUCUCAGAAUGCACUGGUGCUGAUGAUACCAUGUGCUUUGAAUAUUCAUUCAGGCAAGGUGUCUGUGAAGAAGCUCCAAUCUUUUCCUGAUAUUAAAUUCGUAAUUCAUUGCAAAGUGGAGAUGAAAAAUUAACGGUACCAAGAAUUUUGUGGAACAUGUGGACACUUUUUGGGCCAUGAAAAGUGGAACCGUAGAUCUUUUGAAGUGUGCUAAUUAGAUGAUCUACUGUAGGCUGGGUAAUUUUUUGCUCAAAAAGGUAAUUUGUUUUGUUAAAACGAAACUGUAAAUGUUAUUAUACACGUACGUUCCUUUCUGAUGACCAGAGUGGGGCUCUUUUUGAACAUAAGAAUGUCUAAAACAUAUGCUUUUUGACAUUGUAUUAUACAAGAAAAUUGUUAGCGACCACAAUUUGCCAUCCGGUGAUUGAAAAUUCAUAUUUAGUCGCCAGUUGGAAACAUAAAAAAAAGUUAAUUUCAGACCCUGAGUCUUGAUGGGAGAAGUAUUAGCAUUUAGUCUUUUUAUGGAUUUGAAAUAAACCGACCAGAAUUUGUUUUAAAUGUAAACCCUUUCAUUCAUGUGUUUUGUUGUGGAUACAGUCAAUAUCUAAUUUUAUGGUCUUUGUAGGUAUCGUGCUCCUGAAUGUUUGUUGACAGAUGGUUAUUAUACCCACAAGAUGGACAUGUGGAGUGUGGGUUGUGUUUUCUUUGAAAUAUUAAGGUAAAAUAAAGUAGAGAGUUUUCAGUUCAUUAUGAUCUUGGAGAGGCAACUAUUUUCAAUUUUUUUUACUUUCUUUUGACUCCCUACAGCUUACACCCAUUAUUUCCUGGUUCAAAUGAAGUUGAUCAGAUUGCUAGAAUUCAUGAUGUCCUAGGUACUCCAUCAUCAAGCAUUCUUAAGAAAUUACAAAAGUGAGUGAGUUGUAUACAUGCGGCUAAUCGUAGUUGAUUUAGUCAUUUCAGUGUUGAUUCUUGUAUUUCUUUUAUAUUUUAUUAAUACUAAGGAUGUUAGACCUACAUGUAACUGUAUAUAUUUUCCAUUGUUUUUAGUUUAAUGAAAUGAUGUCAUUGUAAUGAUAGUAGACUGUUCACAGUCCCCUAUUUUUCCAUGAGAUUGUCGAAAUUGAGCGCUUUGCAUUACAAGCAGCCAUCUUGGAUGAGUGUCAAAACUACUUAGGGGGUGGGGGCGGUUUGGGAGGAAGUGAGAAAAAUAGAGGGACGGUCCUAACAUCACUGCAGCUCAUGUUCAUGGAGUGUGUUGUACCAGCAACGCAGGUGUUUGACUCAUCAUUAGACAAUAGAUGUUAAUUUGCAUUGACAACAGGUUUAGUUUAAGUUGCUGACACGACAAGUCUUUGACAAGUCGUUGUGUCUAAAAUGUAUGCUUUCAUAAUACCUGUUCACCCAACUAUUUUGGAUCUUCACCAUUACUGGGGAAGGAAGUUAUUUCCCAUUGGCGUGGAGUUGGGCAGAAUCUUAUAAAUUGACAUUUUAUGGAGAAGGGUGACAUAAAACCGUUUGGCCAUUUGAAAUGCCAAUUUAAUUGCGACUUUCCUCUCGGGUAUUGUUUUCAAAACUCAGUGCUAUUACAAAUUUGCAAGGCACAUCUUGCCCAAACACAUGAUGGAUUUUUGGUAUUUUGAAGAUGAUUAUCAUGUAAGCCAACAUGCUUUUGAAGCAGCCCAGCCAAUGGAAUGUUGUAGCACAGUUUCUGCCAAAUGAAUUGAAAUUAAUUCUACAAAGAUGCAGAAAAGAUGACCCAUGUCAGAAAUGCCUGGCCUUUUGUCUGGAGGUUUAACCAUUUUAAUGUGUUGAAGCAAGCAUGCUUGCCGCUUUGAUGAAAAAUAGGAAAAUGUUUCAACUGUGCAUGUUUGCUGUUUUUAUUAUUUGGAGGAAUGUCCCAGAAAGUGUAUGAAAUCACAUUUUCAAAAGGAGAUGUUUGUAACAUGCGCAAGCGAUGCUACAUGUUUCUGGCAUGUUUUUCAGCACCAGCAGAGUUUCCUAAUCAGUGAAUAGUAAAAGGUGUGAAAUUCCUGUCACGUCCCCUGAACAUGAGCUGCAGUGAUGUAAGGUCAGACCAUCAGUCAUUCUAUUUGUUUCACUUCCUCCCAAACUCUCCUUGUUCCCCAAAGUAGUUUUUGACACUCAUCCAAGAUGGCUGCCUAUAACACAAAGUGCUUGAUCUCGACGAUCUUAUGGAAAAAAGGGGACUGUGAACUGUCUAUAAUGAUAAUGACUGAUAAUGACAUAUCUAUUGGUCUUUCAGUAAAUCACGCAGCAUGAACUUCAACUUUCCACAAAAGUCAGGGACAGGAAUAAGAGUACUUCUGCCACAUGUGACUUCAGAGUGUGUUGAUCUUAUAGAACAAAUGUGUGCUUAUGAUCCUGAUGAAAGGUAAUGAAUUAGAAAUUAAUUAAUCUUCUCAAUCUUAAGUGCAACUUAUUUAGAAACUGAUAAUAAAAUUUUGUGAAGUUUUGCUGUGACUCGACAUUUCCUUCACAAUUGGGAAAUUUCCCUUUUUUGCUGCCAUUCUUUCUGGCUAUAGAGGCAAGACUUCAAAUAAAACUUCUGAUUGCUUAUCUUAGCAAGGGAGCAUUGAGCUGAGCUGGCAGUUAGUGCAAUCUCAAAUGAUCCCCAAAUGAUAUAAUGGUGAGGUAAAAUUUACAGUUUUAAGUUGGAAUUGUUUUUCUUACCUUCUUUUUGUAGAAUAUCAGCCAAACAGGCCCUGAGACAUCCCUAUUUUAAACAACUCAGGUUUGUAUCAAUGCAGGCUGUUCAGCAAUUAUUGAAAUAAUAAUUUGUUACCUUCUCAGCAAGCUAGGUUGAAAGGUACAUGUAUUUCAGAAAUAAAUGCAAACAAAUGUAAAAAACCAGGCUGGAUUAAAAAAUGGAACUCAUGGCAGGAGGCAAGUUCUUUAUAGCUGUUUACAAACAUAGACCAAGAAAGAAAUUCAGCUUGUGGUCAUAGUAGGACUGAUUGGAGCUGCAGGGACAUCCUCAAGAUUGUGAAUCUGACAUGGUGCCACUCAGCUAUAAGCCUCGAAACAUUUUUUUUUGUCUUUCAGGGAACAAGACAGGAGGCAAGCUGCUAACACAAGGUUGUCAUCACCUUCUGAGGCUUCCAUCAUUUCAAAACAGCAUAGGAUAGCAAAGAAAAAGGUGGGUAUGAAUUAUUAAAGUACAUGAAUAAGUACAUGACUGUAUUUGUUAAACUAUUGCUAGUCAAUCAAAUUUUGUCAGGUGCAGCUGUUUGCAUUCAGUUAGAGGAACAUAUUUGUAUGGUUAUUAAAGGAACGUAAUGAAUAAUUUUUUUUAAAUAUUGUUAACUUAUUACUGUUAAUUUAUUCCUUGAUUUUCUUUCCUUUAGAGAAAACAUGUGAUAGGACGAAGUCAUGCACAUUCACCCAGUGAGGUAAACUUACACAUGUGCUCUUUACUAUAAAAGAUACUUUUAGAAAAGCCUGGAUUAAGGGAAGUGUUAGUCCAACAAAUUAUUAGUGAAAAAAUUUCAAUAGGGCAUCUGGUCUUUCAGUAUUGUUUAAAACUACUAGAUCAAUGUUGCUAAACGUCGCUGAUCUCAUGUUGUAUGAAUAACAUGAAGAUCUACCCCAGUUAGCCAUAUAAAUGUUGAUAAUUGAAGUGUCUAAUAUGUUUUUUUUAGUCUACUGUUUCCAAAGAUGAAGGAUAUGGUGGCAUCACAGCAGCAGGUGGCAAAGUUGGAUAUGGUCAAUCCACAUUACCAGCUUUAGGCAUAGGAUACAACAAGCACAGCACAUAUGGCACUACACUGCCAAAAAUACCUGUGGCAACAACAACAACACAUAAAACAACUUUCCCAACAUCUUUUCCUUCCAUCAUCAACCAGGAGAAAAAUAAAGUCAAGGUAUUAUACUUAUCAUGAGCAAGUUAUAAAAGUAUUGAAGGAAUAACCUUAAAUGCACUUCAAAUGGCAAAGGGAAAAAUAAUUGCAUGCAUAUUUGCUGCAAAAUAGCUAUAGCUUGGACUGCUUGUCAAUGGAGAAAAUGCCCUCUGCUGGGUGUAUCUGGUACAGGUCAAAAUUAAAUUCAGAUUGAAAUUUUCAACCUAGGUUGAAUCUCAAUUAUUCCUUUGUUUCCCUAGCCCUAGUUAUUCAUUAAUUAGGCCAAGGAGACAUAUAAAGGAAAUUGAGAAUCAGCUUAGGUUAAAAAUUCUAACCUGAAUAUAAAUUCAUCCUGUCACAUAUCCACGUCCUUAUCAGGGAUGGCAUGCCUGCAGGCCCACUGAGCUGCAGGACAGUGGCAUGAGUAUGUUGUUUUUGUCUUUUUGACCUAAACAUCAGGGUGUACAAUCUUUGUAAAUUUUUUUAGAGAAAGAGCUGAGCAUGUAUUAAUUUUUGUCUGUUGUUCUAAACAAGGUUCUAAUGAACAGACCUAAUUAUAGUACAGUUUCUAUGACCAAAUUAAAUGUUAACACAUGAAUUACCUUGUAGAUAACUCUCAAUAAUUUGUGUUCUUUUAUUUAUAUUUGUAGAAUCAAGCAAGCCAAAACUUUGCUCCUUAUACUUUGCCUGCAAUUGAUAAUUCAAAACGAGGUGGUGGUCAUGGUUUCUGAUGAAGAGACCAGUUUUCCAUAGACUUACUUGGUCCUCAAAGUCAUCCCUCAAGGAAGCAAGGGCUUCUAUCAUAACUCUGUUAUCCAACAGCUGACAGCUCUUCCAAAGACUUAGCUCUUCAAAAUAGAAUAUUGAGAAAAUUUGUUGUGGGGCAUGGAGUUUGUAAGAUAAGUAAUUCAAUGAAUGUGAAGUUUCUGAAGAAGCCUUCUCUGCAACGUUCAUUCAUUAUCACAAUUUGUGGCAAACUCUUUGUCAUAAUAUAAGUUUGCAAGACAGUUAUGGGGUAGAUUACAUUUAAAUGGCAUUCAAAAACAGUGUAAUGAAUUUUGCAGAAAACCUGGGUUUUCUUAGCAUGACGUUCUCAAAAAAUAUCACUUGUUUUUUAACCAAAAUCGGGUCUGAUUCAAAACCAUUAGAACUAUUUUACAUAAAUUUGUAGAUGGAAAGUCUGUUUCAUUGUUUUAAAUAGGAUCGUUUCUAAUUCAGCCUAUCAAAAUAGACAGAAAUAUCUCAAGCAGUGUAUAGUGUACAGUUACACACCAGUCAGUUGAAAAUCAUCUAAAAAAUUAUUCAUUUCUAGUAAGUUUUGUUUCAUUGAUAAUUCAGUUUUAGGUCUCUUUAUGGUUUCGUACGUUAUUUAUUUUUGACACAUUUUAUUAGAAGAAAUAAGUGCCUUUUUGAAUAAAUGAUAUUGUACAUAAGAUAUUUUUAUGAAGGAGGAAAUAUUUUUAUCUGUCUUUAUAUUGUUGGGUAACAAUAGUGAUUAUACUAAGGUAGCAGUAGAUACCAGUACCGGUAAAUUGAGGAAACAUCAGCUAACUCCUAACAAGAAAUUUUUAUUUUUCUUACUCAGUCAUAUUUGUUCUCUAGUUAUGCAAACUAAAUUUAGUUAGUUGUCCUCAUUCAUGACAUUUAACAGGAGAUCAAGCUUGUUCCUUUGCUGGUACUUUAUGAUUGCUUUGGAUUUGUUUUCCUCACUCUGUGAUAGUAAUUUUUUUAAAAAUUAAUCAAACAUGUCAGAAUAAUCAAGGAAAAAAAUAUAUAUUUCCCUGCCCUUCUUUUCAGGUUGUUGUUGGUUCCUUGAUGCUAAGCUGAUGAUCUUAGUUUUGAACAUUUUGUUUCAUUGAUUCAUACUGUAUUGAACUGGAAUAAAAAAAGCUAAUUCUGAACUAUAAAUAGACCUCUCUAUUCUUGAAAACCUUUUUUGACCAUGAUGCAUGCAUGGAUUUGCAUUUAAGAAGUUGAAUUUAUUUUAGAAAGGUGUAGAUAUUUACUUGAAACCAAAGGUUGAAACAUUCUCCUCAUUAGAUCAGAUGGUAGACAUACAAUAUCUUGUUAUGUGUAACUUAUUUUGUGACUGAUUUUUGUAGCGAUAAUAAGACAAAGUGAAUGGUAGAGACCCAGUCAUUAAAAAUGUAAUAAAUGUGUGAUCAUUCAUGGUGAGAAAAAUCAAUAAAAGAAGUGUGUAUUAUAUAAAGAGCUUUGUUAACAGUGUGGGGCUGAGUGAUGCUGGGAUAGCAUUAUUUACAUAUUUGCAACAUUAUCAUUGUGCCGGGUCAUUGUGUCACAAGAAAAGGACAAAAUGAUAAUGUUGAAUCCUGCCGACUUGUUUUUCCUUUGUUCU